GAGGCACCGGGGGCCGCGCAGCGCCAGGGCCGGCACCACGCGGGGGGGAGGCCGAUCCCGGGUAGCGGCAGGCUGCUAGCCCCGGGAGGGCGAUCCAGGGGGCACCGGUCCGGCCCUGGCAGGGGGAUCCCGGGGCUCUGGUCCUGGCCCCGGGAGGCUGAUCUGGGGGCACCGGCCCCAUAGUCGGGAGGCUGUUGGGGGUCCCUGGUCCCGGCCCUGGCAGGAGGAGGCAAGCGGGCACCAGCCCCGGCACGGGGCACCCAAGGGGGCACGUGCCCUAGUCCCGGGAGGGCGAUCCAGAGGGCACCAGUCCCAGCUCUGGCCGGAGGGGUGCAAGGGGGCACCAGUCCCAGCUCUGGGAGUCUGGUCGGUCCCAACCCUGACAGGGGGGACCCGGGGGCGGGAACACUGGUCUUAGUCCCAGGAGGCCAAUCCAGGGGGCACCAGGUUAGCUGGUUGUCAUGUUCCCUGUGGGCUGCCCCGCUGGAGGCGGUGGCUCUCGUUCUCCCAGCAGCCCUUGGCCAUGAGAAUGGGCAGCGCAGGGUCCUCAGGCAGGGAGGAACGGCUGCCAUCGGGUGCGGAGGAGCAGCUGAGUGGUGGGGAUCAGACACUGGAGCUGACCGGGCGGCACCUGAAGCGGCUGCCAGGCCCAGUGUGUGCCCUGGGCAGCCUGCAGAAGCUCUACAUCAGUGGCACGGGGUUGCGGGAGCUGCCCGAGGAGAUCGAGGGACUGCGGGAGUUGCGCAUCCUGGCACUGGACUUCAACAAGCUGGAGGAGGUGCCUGAGGCACUAUGCCGCCUGCCCCGUCUCACCCGCCUCUACCUGGGCAGCAACCGCCUCUUUGGCCUCCCUGCAGAAUUUGCCCAGCUCCAGACUCUGCGCUGCUUGUGGAUUGAGAACAACUACCUGUACCAUUUUCCUCGGGCCUUGCUCCAGAUGCCUGCACUGCAGUCCUUGCAGAUGGGUGACAAUCGACUCCGAGCGCUGCCGGGCAGCCUGCCGCGUAUGACUGGCCUCCGGGGACUCUGGCUGUAUGGGAAUCGCUUUGAGGAGUUCCCACAGCCCCUGCUCCGCAUGUCGCAGCUCCAUAUCCUUGACCUGGACCGCAACAAGAUCAUCGACUUCCCAGACCUGGCCCACCUGAAAGGGCUACGGCUCUUUUCCUAUGACCAUAAUCCAGUUAAAGCACCACCCUGUGUGGCUGACACUGUCACCCUUGUGGGUGAUGGGGCCCAGGAGCUGAUGGAGGCCAGGGAGGAACGUCUCCAGAGCCUGCGGGAGCAGGAGGAGCAGGAUGAGCAGGAGGAGAAUGGCUCAGAAGCCAUGCAGGGCACCCUGAGGAACGACUCCUCUCUGCUAGAGGAUGCUGAAGGCAGUUUCUCUGCCCUGGAAUGCUCCCCAGAAGAAACAUGAGAAUGGGCACUACAACAACAUGGUUGCUGCUCAGAAAAUCUGGUGGACACUGGUGGGCUGGUAGAUCCGCUUCUGCGCUGCAAGGGGUGAGAGUUUGCAUGGACCAUCUCUGGCCAUGGGUAGCCACAGUCUCCCAACUAGGGUCAUGGGUAACUACCAGUCCAGGGAGUCAUCAUCUUCUUGCAUGUGACAGGAAAACCAUGAAUCAAAAGGGUCGCUGUUUCCUUGCUGGGACCACAGACAGCAAAGGGGAGCAUCAUCUAUCUGCAGGAGUGCUGGGAAAUCACUGCACCCCUGAGGUAUCCUGCAUAGCCACAGGACGUGGGGGUUGGCAGGGUUGAAACCACAAUGCUGUUGUGUUGGAUAAUCCCAUUGGACCAGCUCUGUGGGAGGAUGGUCCCUGUAUGAGAUGGGCAUUGAUAAGAGCUGGCCUUUUCAGAACAGCCAGCCUGUGGUGGAAGCCUGGAAUUGAAAGGACUUUAAUGUGACAAUCUGUGGCUGUUUGGUUAGGUAUCUAUGAGUGAUCCCUGCUCCUAGCCAUCCGGCCCAUUGCCACGGGACUCAGAUGCAAGACAGGAAAAAGCCAUGCUGUUUGGUUUGGUGGGGUUUUUUUAAAUUCCCUUGGACUCCACACCCUGGAGGGCUACAGGGUUCGAGUAUGAACAGAAAAACUUCUCACAUCCUAGAGAUUCCUAUUCUGCUACUGGAAUUAGACUCAGAGAGAAACGUCUCCCAAGCUGCUCCUUCCAGCUGUCAGCUUUGAAAAGAAGCUGAUAGGAAAGCCUUGUUUGUGCGCAGCGCUCCCUCUCUGGCCUGGAAAGGGUUUUAGCCUCCGCUCUUUGUAUGGUGGGAAAAGGAGCCCCGUGCGCUGCUUUGCAGGCUGCCUGGACUUUCCAUUCCCUUAAAUGGGCACAGAAGCAAAAGCUGGUAUGAACUGGGCCACCAGGACUGUGUGCGUCUGGGGCAUUGGGGUGGCAGCAGCAGGACUCUCUCUGCUUUCCUCCUGGGGGUGGCAGGCUCAUUCUCCCAUUCCCCCGCGGGCUAGAUUUGUACCAAAUCUAAGCAAUAAAAAGUAGAAAACUGAGAAAAUCUGGUAGUGAGAGAAAGAGGCUCCCAGGCUGAUUCUCAGGGAGGCUGCUCCGGGAGGCUGCUGCCAGGAUGGUUUAUUUGGAAAGAGUAUGUAAACAGAAUCAUAUGGCCUGGGGAAAGGGAACUGGGUUCUCAAGCAUCUGUGUUAUUUUUAACAUUUUGGGGAAUCUUGUUUCCUCUCUCUGUCCGUCUCUGAACUGUACUGUCUUCUCUGCACUCUUUCUCGCUCUAUUCCAUCCCUCCCCCUGCCGCUAUCAUCUGUGACUCCCUCUGCAGUGCUACUCCUCCCUCACUUGGAGCUAGGUCCAUUCUCCUUCCCUCCUUUCCAUACCUCUCUUUGAGCUCCUCUCCACAGCUCUCUCUCCAUCUCCUCCCCUCCACACUUCCCUGGGCUGUGUUCACUCUCAGCCCAGCUUCAAUCUCAGUAACUUUAUUGGCAUGGCAAAGUAUACCAGUGUUGCCAAAGUUAAUACACUUUGUCAAAUCUCUGUGCCUUGGUCAGGGUUUUAGAGGAGUAACUGGGUUUUAUACCAUGUGGCCACUAUGAUCUAUUGUGAAUUUGCUGGCCGGGGGCCAGGUAGCAUUAAGACAUUUCCACUGUCUUUUUCCUUUCACUCAAAGUUAUGUCAUUUUUCUUCUUUGCUUUGCAGCAAAGAGUCUUGCUAUUUCUGAUCACUUGGAAAAGUCUCCUCUUCUUUUGGAUCUCAUGCAGCAGAAUAAAAAGUGCCUGACAGUUUCAGUCUCUCCUGUCACCGUGGGGUACAAAAUUGGCCAUCCCUGGGUUUCUAGUGGAAAGUGUCCUGGCUUCCAUUUUUGCUUUGGGAUCACUGCUUCAAUACUUGGUGAGAGCACAGCUCUGUUUUACACAUUGUCCUGUAGACAGGGGGUCUGCUAGUGUGAAGGGAGCUAGAGCAAUCUAGCUGCUUGUGUUGACGAUGUUUUCUAAUCCCAGUAGCCAACAUACUUUUCUUUUUUUGGGGCUUCAUGCAGUGUCUGGAAGAAGGUGGGAAGAUGCUGCCUGUGUAAAAGUGGAGGGUGAUUUUAGCAGUGCUUAUGUCCCUUCCAGUGCAGCCUGUGUGCCAGUUGCUGUACUCCACACUCCCCACCCAUAAAGAUCUAGCAGUAGCUUUAUCUGUGGGUUGAAGGUAGCCAGAGGAUUUUAAAGGUCUGUAGCACAUCCUGUAGCCAGUUGGGCCCUUCCUGCUGCAUUACUGUGAGGCCAAGGUGUGGCUUGUUCAGGUGGAUUCUGCAGGUGUCUGCACAGUAACGUUUUAAUUUGCUUUGGGGCUUUAAGCCUGUGAUUUUUUGGACUUUUCUAGGUUGAGCUGACAGGGCCUGUGUGCUGCUGUAGCAGGUGUCUCUGUAUCAGGUUCAGGUGCCUUGGGUGGGGAUUAAUCUGCCCAGUACUGAUAACAGGAACAGUAUGACUCGUGUCUCUCAGAACUGCUCUGUCCCUCUCUGCGUCAUUUUUGCUCCGGGGGCUGAAUUGGUCUGUGUGACUAGGGGAGGCCCAAACUGCAUGGUCUCGGUCCUGGAGCUAGCCCACCUGUACCUGAAAACUACGUCCUCCCUCUCUGUUGUUCUGUCUGAGCCGUGGGGUAUCUCUUUCUGAGCCGUGCUCCCUCUGUCUCUCUUUCAGUGGUGUCUUCGCUCGCUUGCUCCCACCUCAUUUGAAAAGCCCUUGUGGCACCUGAGGAUGUGCCAUCCCAGCUGCGUACCCGUGGUCAUGAGUAGAGAGGCUGGAAGGACAGGCCAGGCUGGGGCAGACACAGGCGUAACAUCCGGAGUCAGCAAGAGGCUGCCAGGUCGGGGGAGGGGAUUGAGACACGAGUUACCUUCCUCCCCCUCUGCCAGAGGGGGACACUGGACUGGCGGCAGCUGCUGAGUCAGCCCAGGAAUCUUGUGUAUGUGUGUCAAGAAUGCAGGUACCCAUAGGAACAUUGCUUGUGCUAAGGGCUGACUCGCCCUGAUUAUCUUAAUCCUCAGCCUUACUGAGCAUGAAGUCUAAAUCCUACUGCCCAUUUGUGAUGGUGAAGUGAAUUUCUGCUGUCCUGCUCCAGCCAGGAUGAGGGAAGGUCUCUUAGUCUUCCAAAGACCGGAUCAGAGCAGUGAGUCUAUCUCAUCUGGUAUUUCACCUCCUUGAGGCAUCAGAGCAGAUCAGGGAUCAGCUGGGCCUAUAUCCCUCCUCCUUGUUAUAGUAUAAUAGACCUGUGGUCUGUCUAGUCUGGUAUCCUGCCCCGGCAGUAGCCAAUAUGCUCCUCCGCAUGAUAAAUCUAAUUGUGCAAUAUCAUAGCAAGGCGGUAGGGGGUGAUAAUGUUUCCUGAUCCCAGACGGUGAUCAGCUUUUGCUGAAGCAUAAGAACCUGUGGAUCUCACUGAGCUCUUUUCCCCCAUAACAUCAUGCAGCAGUGAGUUUCACAAGUUACUUGUUGGAACAGUCCAAAGACUGUUUCUGUGGAACAGUCCAAAGACUUCAGACCAAAGGUUUAAAUUUUUUAUUUUAAAAACAGUCAGAGUUGCAAGACGUUUUAACUAGAGCUGGUCAAAAAAUGUUCAGAUGAGACAGUUUUCUCAAAACUUUCUGCAGGAGCAUAGGGAUUUUGACAAAAUGUUGUUAAGAAAUAAAAGUAGAAUUGAAGUGUUUCGUCAAAGUGAAGGUCAAAGUGGAAUGUUUUGACCUUAUUGAAAUGGAACAUUCUGAUUUUUCAUUUUGAAAUGACUUUAUUUGGAAAUUUAUUUUGUAUUAUAUCAUUAACAUAUAAACUUUUUCAAAAGUCAAAAUCUGAACGAAAUGUUUUGUUUGACCUGCAACUAAAUUUUUUUGAAAAUUUCAUUUCACAGGAAAUUUCAUAUUGUUUGUUUUCAUGUUGGUGUGGCGCAAAACCAAAUUUUGAAAUGUUGGAAUUUCCUGCAGAAUAAAAAGGCUGCGUUUCAACCAGCUCUAAUUGUAACCAAUAAGACUGCAGUAUGCAAAUGAAGUAAAGUCAAGUGCACUGAGGGUUACCGAAUGUUUGUGAGUUGUGAAGUUCCAGAAUUAUGUCGAGAUCUGGGAGGCCUCUGUCUAGGGUUUCAUCCAGGGUUGGCUUUGUUGUCUAUGUAUCAGGUAUGACACAGCUAUGCUGCCCAGUAUCAUAAGUUCACAUUCCAGCUGGGUUGACUUAGCCUUUUUUCUGAGAGAGAUAAACUGAGCACCAGGCAUUAAUCAGAGUGGUCCGCUCUGCUCUGUAUGGACAUUAAGGCUCCCAGGCACUUUUAUAAAAUUAGGAUUUUCCCCUGCUCUCUGGUGUUCUAGCACAGUGGU